ACCUACCCUGCACCUUAGAUCUGUCUCACCAGGCACACAACCAACUCAUCAUGGCUUUCUUUACGAUCACUUUGCUUGUCUUCAUUGCCCACCAGAGCUCUGCUCUUGCCAGGGUUAUUGAUGCUGAAGGAAACAGAAAUGUGUGGGACAACCUGACAACAGGGGACACCUGCCAGGACUGUACCCAAAUAUUUGAACUUCUUCUUGAUAUGUUCUCCAACAGAGACCUUCAGGAAAAGAUCAAAGAAAGUCUGGAGGAGCUGUGUGAACGUCUGCCAGGACCAGGAGCCUCUAAAAUCUGCAAAAAUCAGAUUGACAAGAACCUUCCCAUGGCAAUUGCUUUCUUGACUUCCACUGUUAAACCAGGUCAGGUUUGCAAUAUGUUGGGACUCUGUGGCACCCAGUCAGAUAUAUCGCAACAGAACCUGCUGAUAAGUCAUAUUCGAGAAGCUAUGAGGGCAGCCAUGAUAGUUUCAGAGGUGCAAUCUACUCAAGUACUCGAGUGUACCUUCUGCAUUUAUAUAGUAAAAACGGUUGAGCGCCUGCUGCCCAAAGAAAGAACUGAGAGUGCUGUGAUUGACUUGCUCGGAAGAGUGUGUGGCAUUCUUCCUGCCUCUGUCAAGGACCAGUGUGAGGGUCUGAUUGAGAAAUACGGUAAGAAGCUGCUGGACUUGCUCCUAAGCUAUGCCACCCCUCAGGCCAUCUGCUCCAUCAUCCACAUGUGCAAGGGCCAGGAGACUCAGAUGUUCGUGGAAAGCGGUCUUGUCUCUGACUGCGAAUCUUGUGUGAUCCUGGCUGUUCUGAGUCGCCUUAACUUGGGUUCCAACGCCACUGAGAUACAGACAUCAUCUUACCUAAGCUCUGUUUGCCAGCUGCACCCCAACAUCCUUCCUAAGUGUGACAGCUUUACCAAGUACCAUGGGGAACAACUGAAGGGGUUUUUGGGUAAAAAGGGUCCUCCCCUUGAUGUGUGUGGGAAAGUGGGCCUGUGUGGAGGAAUGGGCGGGCCAGCAGGGCAAGAAGGAAACCCCUGCACUGUGGGUAGCAGCUACACGUGCAGAGAUCUGAAGACUGCUCUGGAAUGUGGGACAGUGCCCUUUUGCCAGGAACAUAUUUGGGAAUAGAGAUUUUACUCAAUACCCCUCUCUCAAAUGGAAUGAGAGCCUGAGGUAUUUGCUACCACUGAUGACCCUCAUUUCAACAUCCAAUUGCAAAUAUGACCCAGUCGAAAUUUCUCAAACUAUGUUUGUCUGUCAGAUAGUAUGAUCUGCACACAUUGGAGUUAGCUGAUUGCAUUGUCACUGUUUUUGUUUGCCUCUGUGCCUUUUUUGAAACUUUCAGAAUAGGGCUAUGAUUGUUUUUCAUCAGAUUUCUUUCUAGUACAUUCUAGACAUAUACUGUACUUUGAGUGUUGUUUUAGCAUAAACAUUUUUAUUUAUGCAUUUAGAUAUAGAACAAUUUGAUCACCAGCUCUUUCAAUAAACAAAUUAU